AUGGGCGAAAACAAUGUUAGUAUUAGCACUCCACAGUGGAUGUCAAUUACCGGCCAGCCGCUUGACCUGGGGCUCCACAACUCUGGGAUUGAAGGGCAAUGCGUCUCCAUCGCCUCAUAUGAGAAGCUCAAUCAGCUCGGUGAAGGCACUUACGGUGUCGUCUACCGGGCUCAAGACCGUCAGACUUCUCGAGUCGUCGCCCUGAAACAAGUACGAAUAUCAGCAGAAGAGCGGCAGAAUAGCGUCCCAAUCACUACGUUACGCGAGAUCUCGAUUCUACGGUCUCUGAAGCACAAUAAUAUCAUUGAUGUGAUCGAUGUGGCAGUCGGGGCGCAUGCAAUGGAUGAGGUCUACAUGGUUAUGGAGUAUGCUGAGCAGGUUGGUAAUCCGAUGCCGAGAUGA